GCGGCUCACUCUUCCGCACUCUGGCUCCGAACCAGACACAGCCCGGGACCCCCCCGCCGCUUCCCGCCGGGACUGGAGGGGCUCACGGCCACUGCUCCGCUCCGGCGCCCUGCGCAGCUCAUGGUGAGCGCCCCGUGGGGCUUGGGAAUUCUUGGCAGAGGGUCCCGGCGCACCCCUUGGGGUGCUCGAUGGGGCCGCUCUGGGGGCUCAGGGCUGAAGUUGGUACCGCGCACAUCCUGCCUGUGUCUCUGAACCUGACAUGCUGCCGCCCGGGCACAACAGCACCACGCACCCGCUGUGGUUCGGUCUGCGGGCUCGGCUGGCACGGGAAGGCGCCGUGGGGGGCUCCGCGGGGGAGGUGCCGUUGGGACCCGCCCAGGUGGUCACCGCCGGCCUCCUGACUCUGCUCAUCAUGUGGACCCUGCUGGGCAAUGUGCUGGUGUGUGCAGCCAUUGUGCGCAGCCCCCACCUGCGCGCCAAGAUGACCAAUGUCUUCAUCGUGUCCCUGGCCUUGUCUGACCUCUUUGUGGCACUGCUUGUCAUGCCCUGGAAGGCGGUGGCCGAGGUGGCCGGUUACUGGCCCUUCGGGGCAUUCUGUGACAUCUGGGUGGCCUUCGACAUCAUGUGUUCUACAGCCUCCAUCCUGAACCUGUGUGUCAUCAGUGUGGACCGCUACUGGGCCAUUUCCAGGCCCUUCCGCUACCAGCGCAAGAUGACCCAGCGGGUGGCCUUGGUCAUGGUGGGCCUGGCCUGGGCCCUGUCCAUCCUCAUCUCCUUCAUUCCCGUCCAACUGAACUGGCACCGGGAUGCAGCAGGCUCCGAGGGCGGGGUGGACCUUCCCUCCAACCUGGCCAAUGUGACGGUCCAGGAGGACCCUGCGGAACCCCAGCCAAGGGCAGCCAACUGUGACUCCAGCCUGAACCGGACAUACGCCAUCUCCUCCUCGUUCAUCAGCUUCUACAUCCCGGUGGCCAUCAUGAUCGUGACCUACACGCGCAUCUACCGCAUCGCGCAGGUGCAGAUCCACAGGAUUUCGUCACUGGAGAGGGCAGCUGAGCACAUGCAGAGCUGCCGGAGCCAAGCGGGCCGCGAGCCUGACACCAGCCUGCGCUCGUCCAUCAGGAAGGAGACCAAGGUGCUCAAGACGCUGUCGGUGAUCAUGGGGGUCUUCGUGUGCUGCUGGCUGCCUUUCUUCAUCCUUAACUGCAUGGUUCCCUUCUGCCACGGAGACCCUGAGGACCUGCGGGCCGGCUUCCCCUGCGUCAGCGAGACCACUUUUGACGUCUUCGUCUGGUUCGGCUGGACCAACUCCUCGCUUAACCCCAUCAUCUACGCCUUCAAUGCUGACUUCCGGAAGGUGUUUGCCCAGCUGCUGGGGUGCAGCCCCCUCUGCUUGCGCACCCCGGUGGAGACCGUGAACAUCAGCAACGAGCUCAUCUCCUACAACCAGGACACUGUCUUCCACAAGGAGGCCGUGGCCACCUAUGUCCACGUGAUCCCCAACGCCGUAGCCCCCAGGGACAGGGAGCUGGAGGAAGAGGAGGGUCCUUUUGAUCGCAUGUCCCAGUUCUGCCACACGUCCCCAGAUGGUGACCCUGCAGCUGAAUCUGUCUGGGAACUGGACUGUGAGGGGGAGAUUUCAUUAGGCAAAAUAUCACCUCUUACCCCCAAAGGAUUGCAUUAAACUGUAAGAAAAGCCCUUGUGGAUCUGCAUAAGUGUGCAGACAUUUACAACCAGACACACACGUGCACACACACACACACACACACACAUACACUCACUCACCCACUGGCAGUGCUGCUCAUUUAUCAGUGUCUCUGUGCCUCUGUGAAGUCACCAUGUGCUGAGUGUCCUCCCCACCCUGUAGAUUCCUGGGUGUAAGAGUUGGCAGGAACAGUUAGAGUCAACUCACAUACAACACCCCCUGCCAGCCAGGCAGAGAUGGCCCGGGCCUGUCAGAGAAGAGAAGGUGGAGCUUGGCCCUUAACACUCACUCUGUUGCUUUUCCUUUCGAACAGACGGCUUGGCUUGCUCGUGUGACUGGCUUGUGUUUGGGUCGAUUUUCCAACAGCCCGUUCAGUGCUGCCUGUGGAGGCCGAGUGGGGUGGGGCGCUCCCCUUGCCCUGCAGCGGCUGCUCUCGUCAGGAAGCCUGCCCCACCCAGUGUGAGGUAACACCGUGUGUGUGUGUGUGUGUGUGUGUGUGUGUGUGUGUGCGCGCGUGUGGCUGGUGGGGUGAUUGUUCUUGCUUUCCUGGUGGGUUUUCAGGGCUUUUCCUGGAGAGGCCGAGUGCGUGCUCAAAGGCAAGGAAGAAGAUAUUCCUUUAUUUUCUUUCCAGGCAGUUUGGCCUUAAAGGAACAUAGCAGGGCUUGAAAAGCUUCUGGCUUCUCGGUUUCCUUUUGCUAGAUGUGUACAGCUGCACUGUUCUUGGAAAGCCAGUUUCCUGGUCACGGCAGCCUGGUCUGUUCUUUUUCUGUCUUGGAAACUUCCUUUUAUGAUAACGUAAGACAGUUCUCAAGAUUCCUGGGUGGAUGCUGUCCAUCACUGUAAAGAUCACUUCCUAUGACAGUAUCUUUUUCCAGCUCAGAUCUAGAGCCCUGUGACAUGACCUGGCUUUAGUGUGUUUUCUGAAGAGCUUUGACGUGUGUGAGUUAAUAAGCUUGCAGAAAGAACCUCAUUUUCAAACAAGCAUUUUUAGUUGCACACGAUUAGCAAAGAGGCUUUCAGAUUUUAACUGAAACGUCGAAACCAGAAAUGACAUUUCAAUGACUGGCAGUUGGAAAAUCUACAGGUGGGAUUGCUCAACAAGAGAGCCCUCCUCCCCCAGCCCUGAUGGGCUCAGCGGAGGGCACUUUGUCCCAGUGUAAUUUUAGUCGAGAACACAGGACCAGAAGAAUUAAGUGCCAAAGCUGUUAAUGAAAGCGUCCGUGUGUCUGUAAGUUCUUAUAUAUCUCUGCUCUCUGAAAAUGUCAUAGCAAGGACAGUUAAAUCAGCUUUGGUCUCUCUCGGGGUAAUUUUAUGGUCAGCCUCUUGUACAGUUUCGUCUCGUUCAUCGUACAUGUGUAGUGCCUGGCACAGAAUGCUUAAUAAAUAUUUGUUGAAUGAAUAA